GAGACAACUGUCAGCGACGUACAGGCUCCACAGCUGACUGUGUUGGGUGGGCUCCUGCAUCAGGUGAAGCCACUGCGAGGACCAGGGCUCAGGGCAGGGGCCAUAAGCGCAUAGGCUGUGUGUGAACAGGACCUGUGGACAGAGGGACAACUUGAAGACCGAGAGGACUCUUGGGAGGUCUUCACGAUGACACUGGACAACAUGAAAACAGAGAGAGGCUCGGAGCCGUCAGAGGAGUUCUUCGAGUACGACGCGGAGGACUUCCUGGGGCUGCUGACCCUCCUCAUCACGGAGGGCCGGACCCCUGAGUGCUCGGUGAAGGGCCGCACCGAGGGGCUGCACUGCCCCCCCGCCCAGUCCGCCAUGCCCCCCCUGCACAGGCACGAGUGCAGCGACAAACUGCCCCAGUGUCGGCAGGCCAGUCGCACACGGUCUGAGGUGAUGCUCCUGUGGCGGAACGGUAUCCCCAUCAUGAUCGAGGUCAUGUUACUGCCAGAUUGUUGCUAUGGUGACGAGUGCCCCCCCAACGACCUGAUCAGCGACCCGGUCAUCAAGCAAGACGCUCUGCUUCUGGAGAGGUGGAGCCUGCAGCCCAUGCCCAGACAGAGCGGCGACCGCUUCAUCGAGGAGAAGACGCUGCUGCUGGCCGUGCGCUCCUACGUCUUCUUCUCCCAGCUCAGCGCCUGGCUCAGCGCAUCCCAUGGCAUCGUGCCCCGCAACAUCCUGUACAGGAUCAGCCCUGCCGACGAGGAGCUCCUCUGGCAGUUCUCCCAGCCCCCGUCGGAGCACCUCUUCCCCGUCCCCAACGUGUCCCAGAGCGUGGCGCUCCGUGUGCGCGUGCAGUCCCUCCCCCGCCAGCCCACCUACCCCACCCUGGCCUGUAGCAUCCACACCGGCCUGCCCUGGCCCGGCAAGAGCCUGGGCCACGGCCCCCGGCCCGACCCCUCCGCCCUCCGCAAGGCUCCGGAGAGAGGCGGAGACCCCCCGCCCCCGCCCGCCUCCGCCCCGCCCCUCUACGCCAAGACCCCCGGCUCGGCGCCGGCCCUCCCCGCGAGCACGCUGCCCCAGACCGCCCCCAAGAGCCAGGGGCCCCCCCGUGACUACGGGAACCUCUACCAGAACGGGGCCGACCCCCCGCCCCGCCAGGGCUCCCCUCUGUUCCACAAACCUCCCCCCCGCUCCCCCACCCCCUCCCGAGCGCACUCCCCCCGCCCGGCGCCCCCGGGGAAGGCGGUGCGCUGGCUCUACUCCGCCCUCAACGGGGGGCCCCUGGACCCCGCCCCCCCGGCGGACGACGGCUCCAAGGCCGCGCCCGCCGCGCCGCCGAUGAGAGCCUUCAAGGCCUUCUCGCUGGCGGAGCCGGCCCGCGGCCCCUCCCCGCGGCCCCUGGAGACCAACCCCCUGAUCGGCUCCCUGCUGCAGGACAGGCAGGAGGUGAUCGCCCGCAUCGCCCAGAGGCUCAACUUCUGCGACCCCGGCGCGCCGCCGCUGCCCGCCGGGCUGUUCGCGCCGGGCACCGUGCCCAAAGCCACCUGGGGCGGCGGCCACGACGACCAUGGGCGCAAGACCAAAGAGGCCGACCGGCCGCCCCCCGGCGAGGCCCCGGCCCACGCCAGGCCCCCCGCCUUCCGGACGCCCGAGGGAGACCCCCCGCCGCCGGGCAGGCGCCAGACCCUCGCCGUUCCCCCCGCCGCCUGCAGACGGCUGAAGAUGACCCGGGAGGAGGAGAGGAACGGGGAGAAGGAGAGGGACAGGGAGCGGCAGAGAGAGAGGCAGAGAGAGCAGCAGAGAGAGCAGCAGAGGGAGCACCAGAGGGGCCAGGAGAGAUGCAGGGAGAGGGAGAGAGACCGAGACAGGGAAAGGGAGCUGGAGAUGGAGAGAGAGAAGGAUAGACAGAGGGAGAGAGUGAUGGAGAGAGACAGAGACAGGGAGAGAGUCAGGGAGCUGGAGAUGCAGAGAGAGAAGGAUCAAGAGAGGGAGAGAGAGACGGCGAGGGACAGGGAGAGGGAGACCAGCGGGGAGGGGGAGCGAGAGAGAGACUGUUCUCUGAUCGCCCAGGCCGUGCAAGACAUCAGCCGGCUGAUCCAGGAGAGGCUGUCGCUACCCUCGUCGUCGCCCCCCACGCACAGCCGGAGUGGCUACACCCUGCGUCACACACACUCCACCACCAUCACGCACACGGUCCGCACGUACACCCCCGGCCCCACAACACACCCCACGCCUCAGGGGCCCCCCGUGGCCACGCCCCCCGACGGCGCCCGCACGACAGCCGACGCCCACCGGCCCACGGUUUGCACAGAGAAGCCCCCCGUGGAGACGGCCCACAACGGCUCUCACUUUAUACUUGAAGACUCGACGCGGCCGAACGGCCCGUCCCCCCGGUCCCGCGCCCCCCAGUGUUUACAGCCUCCUGCCCCCCCUCCGGGGGACCCCAGCGCCCGUGCUCCCAGCCAUACCUCGCCCCUGGAGAACGGCCUGCCCUCGACCCCGCACCCCGGCCGGACCCCCGCCGGCCCUGGGUCCAACGAGAGCCAGACCCAGUACAGCGGCCUGACCCCGCCCAUCCCCCUGCAGAACGAGAACCUGGCCCCCCCGGGGUCGUCCAACUCCAGCUGGACCAGUCUGGAGAUGACGCCCCCAAGCACUGUACUGAGGUCUCACAGCUCCUCCCCCUUGCGACCAUGCAACAGCUGGAAAAAGCAGAACCGACACUCGCUCGACGGCAUGGCAACCAAGGCCUUCCACCCGUGCACUGGCCUGCCCCUGCUGUCCAGCCCUGUUCCUCAGAGGAAGAACCAGACGGGGUACUUUGACCUGGACGCCUCUCUGACGGGCUGUAACGGUCUGCCCUGGGCCUCUGGAAAGAGGGUGAGUAUAAAGAGAGGAGAGGAAGUCACAGAGGAAUCCCACCAGCUCUUCAGUGCCAGUGCCCCCCCAGCUGGCCUCAGUCUCCUUGGGAACUUUGAGGAGUGUGUGUUGAACUACCGCCUGGAGCCCUUGGGCAAUGUGGACGGCUUCAUCGCUGAGGUGGGGGCCAGCGGCUCCUUUUGCCCCAGCCACAUGACCUUACCUGUGGACGUGUCCUUCUACAGCGUCUCCGAAGACAACGCCCCCUCGCCAUAUAUGGGUGUGAUCAACCUGGAGUCGCUGGGGAAGCGAGGCUACCGCGUCCCCCCAUCUGGAACCAUUCAAGUGACCUUAUUCAACCCCAACAAGACAGUGGUGAAGAUGUUCGUGGUGAUGUACGACCUGCGAGCCCUGCCCGCCGGCCACCAGACCUUCCUUCGCCAGCGGACCUUCUCCAUUCCCGUCCGCCGGGGCGACGCCCACAAUCACAACAGCAGGAAGCCCCUCCCACUGGGACCAGUCCGAACUCUGCGCUACCUCAUCCACCUGAGGUUCCAGUGCUCCAAGUCCGGGAAGGUCUACCUCCACCGGGACAUCCGUCUGCUCUUCUCCAGGAAGUCCAUGGAGGUGGACAGCGGCGCCGCCUAUGAGCUCCAGUCCUUCAUCGAGUCCCCCGCCGACCCCCCGUUCUCCGCCCGCUGCUGAGCCCCUCUCGGCCCCAGCCUACAGCUGUCCCCCCCCCUCCCCCUACCCUCCCCAUUCAUCCCAUGCUCCAGUUGGCCCCGGGGCCGGUGUCCAGACACGUGACAGAGAGCAGAGGGCUCGCGUUGACCUUGAAUCCUCACGUCAGGGUCAGCGCCCAAAAUAUAACGGCUGAGCUUCCGACCGAAGCCUUGACAGAAAGCCUUAACACGAGGGAUACCAACAUAGGAUGAGCGGGACUAAGUACCGCCUGAUUCUGGAUUGACGUAGAUGGGAGAACAAUAAUUAAGGGGUUUAAAUGUAGGACGCCCUCUCCUCUCUCUUAGACGAUCCGCGCCGUCUUCUACCCCAUCAGCAAGCAUCUGGUAAAUGAUGGACAGAAGGAACGGACAGCCAAAGUACAAUAAAAGAAACCACAUGUUACGGUAGGGGGUAACACCCUCGCGAUUCACCCUUUGAAGCUGUAGGUUGAACCCAGCCGACCAGAGAGAACAUUUCUGUUUUUCAAUAAUACGGAAAGGUAUCAAGAUUGUUAUUUUUCAGUGCAAACUGCCUCCUUUUGGGGUAUUCGUAUUGAGAGUGUCCCCCCCUACCCCCCCGAAUGUGUGGCUCAGGGUGAACCCAAUGCAAGGAGGGCAUGGCUGAUUUGGGUUCUGGUCUUGAAAACGUGCUACCCAGACACCCAGAGCACUCAUGGACCACUGAAGGAGUAACUGCAAUCAAUCACCCCUGAGCAGAACCAACAGGAUGUCUCCUUCCCUGACUGGAAACGAAAGAAGAAUAAACGACAGUGAUAUUCUAAUAUUUGUUUGUACUGAUACAGAACCACUUUGUUGGAAGCAAUAGAAGGAAUAACAUUAGUUUAGUGGUUACACAUUUAUCUUUCAGUUUACCAUCAUUUAUUUAAUAUUUAAAUGUAUAUUUCAGUUACUACUCAUGUGACAUUUGUCGUGCUAAGCAUUAUGAUGUAGUGCAAACUCUGUAAAUCAUAGUAUGUAUUUUUUGACAUUAAUAUUCAGAUCUGAAAAAAAGUAUAUCUAUAUCUUAUAAAGCAAUCCUUAAACCUGU